AUGUCUCAAAAUUCCGAAAAGCCGUCGAGUCAAGAUGUUGCAGACCCUACAGGGCCAGCAGCCCGUAAAGGUGUUCUUAUAUCAUUUAGAACUGGAAAGACGAUGGAAAUACCUGAAAAAGACAUAUUGGGCAGAUGUAGAUUUGUUGGAGAAUUUGAAAAGUUAAAUCGCAUCGGCGAAGGCACUUAUGGUAUUGUUUAUAGAGCAAAGGAUAAGUUGAAUGGAAAUAUUGUGGCAUUAAAGAAAGUAAGGAUGGAUGUGGAAAAGGAUGGCUUGCCUUUAAGUGGUCUUCGUGAAAUUCAAGUACUAAUGGCUUGUCGGCAUGAAAAUAUUGUACAAUUAAAGGAGGUAUUAGUGGGGCGUUCUUUGGAAAGAGACCUGAAAGUUUCAAAUCUGUUACUUACAGAUAAAGGAUGUGUUAAAAUAGCCGAUUUUGGCUUAGCUCGCUGGCUUGGCGCUCCUGCACGUAGUGCAACACCGCGAGUUGUAACGCUGUGGUAUAGAGCACCAGAAUUGUUAUUGCAGUCUCCAAAACAGACUCCUGCACUUGACAUGUGGGCUGCUGGUUGUAUUCUUGGUGAACUACUGGCUAACAAGCCCCUGCUGCCCGGAAGAACUGAAAUUGAACAACUUGAACUUAUUGUUGAUUUGCUUGGCACCCCAUCAGAUGCAAUUUGGCCAGAAUUUAGUACUUUGCCAGCUUUACAAAACUUUACAUUAAAACAGCAACCUUAUAACAACUUGAAACAACGCUUUCCAUGGCUAUCAGCAGCAGGUUUACGGCUGCUUAAUUUCCUGUUUAUGUAUGACCCAAAUAAGAGAGCCACGGCUGAGGAGUGCUUGCAGAGCUCAUACUUCAAGGAACAACCUUUACCUUGUGAUCCAAAACUGAUGCCAAGCUUCCCGCAGCAUAGAAACAUGAAGGGUCAGCAGAAGCCAACAACCAAUCAGUUGAACAUACCACUUUCUAAUUUGAACACUGGCGCCAACGACCAGACCAAUAACUUACCCGCCAUCUCAGAUCUGCUCGGGUCUCUUGUCAAGAAGAGGAGGCUGGAC